AGAGCUCACCUGACUGCGGACAGGGUUUUUAUAUAUCUGUGCUGCAACACGAGCUCGGCUCUGAACAGUGCGCGUGGAAUGAAGCCACGCGCGCGCGCUCCACGCUCAAGAAACGCGCGUGACGACCUUUUGCACGGCUGCCGUCGAUAUGAGCCGCCGUUUCGGUGUGAUCGGGGGCUGGGAACCCGCGACCGCCGUGCUGGUGAUCAUUAUCGCCUCGUUGUCGGUGUGGGGUGCGUUUCUUAUUUACCGAGCCGUUAAAGGUCAACGAAGGAAAGAUGAGAGCGCGAGCGAAACGGUGAAGGAAGCGACUGGACCGGGAGAAGAAGAGGAAGAUGAGUUGGGCAACAAGUCAACAGGAAGUGAGGAUGGAGGCUCUAUGGACUGGCCUAUGGAUCCCCAGGAAACCAUAAUUCUGCCUUCUGCAAACCCUACACAAACGUCAUCUGAAUGUCUGGAGGAAAAACUAAGAAAAGCUUCCCAUAAGAAAGAACCUGCUGUAGAACCUUUGUCUGUUUCUAAUGUUGGUGAUGCCACUGGAGCUGGCGAGGAUCAUGUGAAAUGUAAGCACAAUGUCUGUGAUCCUGCUGAGAGUAUUAGUGUGCAGUCAGAUUUGUUUGAUCAGAUCAGUGGCUGCAGACCCCCGGAAACCAAGCCUGAGAAUAGUGUGAAGCAAAGUAUUUGUGAUGAUGACGAGCCUGAGAUUGAACCGCAUGUAGACACGGAUGAGCCAUCUGAAACUGAGAGUGCCCAGGAGCUUUUGGAGGCUAAAAAUAAUCCUGUUCAAAAGUCCCAGUCUGUGGAAGAUCUGUCAGACAACACUCUCUUAUCUCAAGAAAUUGUGAACAAGCCUAAUGAGGAGGAAGUACUUGGAGCUUCUACAACAGUGUGGCAUAUUUCCUCUGAUUCCACAAGUUCAGAUGCUUUGCCUAAAAAGAAAAAGAUGGAAGACACUGAAUCAGCAAUUUCAACAAAGGACCUUGACUCCAACUGCUAUGAUGAACAGCCGUCUCUCACAAGUAAUUUGGCUUCAGAGAAAGUCAUGCCUAAUCAAGAUGUCAAAAGCCAUCAGGACCCCAAUAGCUUGCAGACAACAGUGUGCAACACUGAUGACCGUUUGGCCACCAAGCAGCAUCUGAGCAGCACAUUUGACCAUAUUCUUACAAAUCCACCCCAAAAUUUCCUGGGCUUUACUGUGCCUGGUUUGCAAGGGGACUCAUUAGCUCCUCUGCAACUCGGAGAAGAGAGUAAGAAUAAAACAGAGGUCACACCAGCAGUUGUGAGCCAGAAGAAGAAUGAGAUCAGCAUCAUGGAAGCCAUUAUGGACAGCAAUGAGUGGCUUAGCACUGGACCUCCAGACACCAGAGACCUGCCCUGGCUAACUCAGACACCGAGUAGUGCAGUCAAGACCGACAUUUCUUCUUCUCCAGUUGCAGCUACCACCAGUUUUGGGCUUCCUGUUCAGGAGAUGAUGUCACACCAAGACAAGAAAGACGCGCAAGAAGACACCACCAGUGGUGCCGCUAAGGAAGAAGGGGAUCCUUUAAAUAAGAAAGUAGGAAUGGUGUUACCAAUGCCCCAGCUUGUACAGGUCAGCUUCAGAGUUCACUACAUCACACACUCCCCUAACCAGGUUCUGGCUGUAACUGGUAACCAGCAGGAGCUCGGGUUCUGGGAGAGCUUUGUUCCUCUGAGGAGUGUUGAGGAUGGGUUUUGGUUCCACACCAUCAGUCUUCCCCUGGACAGCCGGGUUGAGUGGAAGUUUAUCCUGGUAGAUGAGGGAAAGAUCCGUCGAUGGGAGGAGUGUGAAAACCGUUAUUUUGCAGUGACUGGGCAAGAGGAGGAGAUUCAUCUCCAUAAGAAUUGGGGGUACGCCUAAAACAAACGCACACCAGUGACAUUCUAUAUAGCAAUAAUCUUCAUCACGGGUGCAUUAUUUCAAACAGAUGUUCGCAUAAAUAUUAUUAUGCAUGAGGCUGUGACACUGUUAAUGUAGCAAUAAUAAUAAUGGUAAUACCAAUAUGCACAUUUUCACCUUCAAUCAGUGAUUAGCUUAUUUGUCAAUUUGGAUAUGCUUGUGUUGACAGCAUUCGUCCUGUGGCUCUUUAACCAGCAAUAAUUGUGUUUAGGUGUCCUACACUACUCAGAGAAAUGGUUUAUUUCUUAGUGACUGGUCUGUUCUUGUUGUUAUGCAAUGUAAUUUUGCCAAAUAAUUAAUUAUAUGCAGGGAUGGAAAACACUUGAGUUAAUUGUACUUUCUUAUCGCACUUAUUAUCUACUUUACCUUGUUAAUGAGUGUUGUUGAAGUAAAAUAUUUGUUCUAUUACUUAAUUACAUUUCCAAAACGAGAAAUAUAUUUUUCAUUUCUUGCAUGUUUUUUGCAGAUCUUCAAAGUAAUUGUUGGGAAUGUCAAAGUUUCCUUUCUCAUCCAGUCAUCAACUAAUCGAAUGGCCUGAAAUAAAUCAUUCAAAAAGCUUUAAUAGAUUUGAACCUACAGCCAUCAGCAUCUAAUAGAGCUUUAAUUAGUUAUGCUUUGAAUCAAUCUUUUGCCGGCCAGUUUUUUCGAUUAAGAAUUGUUUCAGCCUUUUUCAAUUUUAGGAAAACUAUUAAACGUUAAGUUUUCUAAAAUUGAUUAGUUCCAUAAAAACAUAUCACAGCUAUUGCAGAGAAUACAAACAUAAUCAAAUAAUAGCAUUUUGCCCUGCGAUAGAUUGGUGCCUUGUCCAGGGUGUACCUACCUUGUGCUCAAAGUCUCCUUGGAUACGCUCCAGGCCCACGUGAACCUCCACACAGAAUAAGCGAUAUAGAAGAUGAAUAAAUAAAAGAAUGAAAAGGGAAAAAAUAUAUAUUACUAUUGCAACUCUUAAACGAUUUUGUAUUCAAAUGUAUUUAUCCAGGGAAACACUGAAAAAAUGGCAUAAAUAAUAAUGUUUGGUAAAAUUUAUCACCUCACAAAUAUA